AUGUCUUCUGCAGAAGAUGCAGCCCAUAUGCCGUCAGCUAGCGUGACAAAGGCAUUGCAGACCAUUACAGAGAGUCCCUUACAGUUCUUUUUUUCGCGGUACGCGUUCGUGCUCAUGAUGAUGGUGGUGGUUAUGAACCGAAUUCAGCAUAUCUGUGCUCCUACAGGUCGUCCUGCCCAUCUGACACUGAUAAAAAGGCUGAUUUUACGUCUACCUGCGAUUUUCAUGCUUCUUCGCCCUCUCGUACAGCUGUACGUGGCCAUGUGUCGUGAUACGCGUACGCCGUCGGCGCAAGUGUGGCUGUCGUACGCGCGGAUGAUCGUGCCAUCAUCAUGGCUUGACCUUGAGACAGACUACGCCUCGUUAUUCUGGUCUACGUUUAUCGGUGCGUGUUUUACGCAGUGCUCUUCCAUCGCCGCUCGCAGCUUGGAGCAUAUUCCCUCGAUGGACGAUCCAUCGACGUUCAAUCUUGUAAGCUUUGGGUUCUUGUUGUACAUCCACUCGACAAGCCGCGCGUUUUUACCAGAUGCCCACGUAUACCUGAUUGUGAUUUCCCGCGUGAUUGAGCUGCUGGGUCUCCAGUGCUUGCGCAUCUGGCGCCGCCCGCCCGUGUCUCGGCUCGUCUUUUCCUCUGCGCUGGGUCUUUUGAUGACGCUACAUUAUGUGUACACGACUCUGUACACGGAAGAGUACCCCAUCAUACACAGCACCUCUCGGUUCAUGGAGGCGCUGACGGGUGGCAUUAUCGUGCUGACCGUGUUUCUUCACGCCUUCACCAUGCUCAUGACGGAUGGCCGUAUCUCAUUCCAACGGCUCAUCUUCACAGGCGUGAACAUGCCGCGGUCUACGGACGACUAUACGAUUGCCGUACUCAAGCUUGGUACAGCGUGUCUCCAUGCGACGCGCUUUUCAGGCCUGGCUCUGGAGCUCAAGAGCUUGGAUAUGCCGCUGCAUACCUAUGUCGAAAUGGAUGCCGACGGGCGCGUCGUUUUGCAGCAUGGUAUGGCCGAUUUAGAGCGAAUCGAGUCUGAAGGCAUCAAUGGCCUCGCGACGGAAGUCCGUGACGUGCGUGUUGUGUUGCGGGAGCGGCCACCCGAGAUUGGCUCACCGGUCCGUGGUGGCGACAAGCUGCAGCAUGCGUGGGCGUUUAUGACGGCGCUGUAUAAUGUCGUGCUGCACAUGAUACAAGCUGUCCUGUCACGUCUCAAGCCGUACGUUCCACCGCUGCCUCUAGUCCUUGUCCAGCUGCCGCGCUAUGUGCGCCUCUUUUGGCACGGCACCAAUGGCGAGGCACGUCGAGAAGAGCGGAUUCAGGCACGGCGUCGGCAAGAAGCUGAGCAGAUCGCCAUGCGUGAGCGUCUCAUGUCUUUACGAGAGCGCUACACACUCCGACGUCCGGCGGAUCUUCAUGCGCCAUCCGUGUGGUCGGCUGCUGACGACCUGGAUCCUGUCGAGCUCAUAUCGAUGGCGCAGGUCGAGGGUGACCGCUCGAUGUUCCAGGACAUGCUGCUGAAGCACAUGAUGCGCCCGGAUCAUGCCCCGCCUCUCACACGCAGCGAGUAUCGCCGACUGAUGCAGGCGCAGGCGCCCGACAAAACGCGUGCUAUGGCUCUUUCGACCUGCAGCCAAAGCACGCGACACAAUGCAUGGGCCUCGGCGGCCGCGCUCUUGUCCACGUCUGAUAUGGCAAAUAUGCAGCGCGCUUCGGAUGCUCAUACACAGCGCGCGAUCUUGCACAUUCUGCAGGAGCGGCGUACGCACCAGACACCGUCCGAGCAGGCUCAGCUGUGUGUCGUGUGCUGCUGCGAGCCACGGACGAUCAUUCACUGGCCAUGCCGGUGCCUCGCUCUGUGUGAUGCGUGCCGAGACAUUCUCGCGAAUCAGCAGCGCACCGUCGUCGUGCGAGGAUCUGACGGCGUGCUCCCUGUACAGCUCUGCCCCACCUGCCGCACGCCUGUCAUGGCCUUUUCCCGGAUCUAUGUGCCAUAG